CAUGCCCCAGCCCCGCAGGGGAAGGGGAUCCCGCCUGGCCAGCACCAGAGUGGCUAGCACCAGCCUCCCACGGGCCGUGCCCGUCUUCCCAAGGCGAGCGGGCCGCAGGGCCUCGCUGCUGAGCCAUGCGCAACGCCUCACCCCGCGGCGCCAUUCCUCCGAGCUGGUCCCCGCGGAGCCGGAGCUGCGACCUGACUUCCGCUCGGGAAAGUGGCUCCGAGAGCCCGCCUCAGGGGACUUCGGGGACUUGCGGCAAAGACUGCUUGCUGGGAUGGGCACUCGACACAGGAUCUAUGAUCAGGAAGAAUUGGUGAUCCCUUAUGCUUCUGACAGUGAUUCAGGAAGUGUAGAUUUGCAGCUAAGCGACUUAGAGGGUAUUAAAAAAGACUCAAGUAGUACAGAUCUUACAGACUUGGAAAUCCCUGACAUCCCUGAAUUCUCACAGGAGUCCUUCACAGAUAGCCUCAGGAACCUAAAUCGUGGGAGCCCCCUCAGCCAGACCAGUGUGGAGAGGCUGGUCCAGUCCAUCCAGGAAGUUUUUCGUGGUAAGCUGAAGGGUGAACAGGCAAAGCUGAAGUUCCUAAGAUCUUUGUCUUCUCUCAGCCAAACUUUACUAUAUGAUGAAACCACGGAGUCAUUUAUUCACCGUCACAUAGAGGACAUCGUGCAUAUCCUUAAUGUGCUGGUUCAAGAGGAGCCCCUGAAUUAUCUGCCCAGCCCGGUGCUCCAGGAGGUCUUGGUCACCAUCACUGAGUUCAGUUACCAAGAUGUCCAUCUACUGCUUGACUCAGAAGAUAGAGAUGAUCUGCUCAAUCUCAUCAUCAAAAUUUUAAUCACUCUGCCUUCUGUAGACAUUCUUAUCCAGCUGCAGGGGGCCAGGCAAAGUGGGCUCCACAACACAGAGUGUCUCUACAGGCAGACUUUCCAGGCAUUUUCUGACAUGCUACAGAGUUUUGUGAUGAAAGACCCACAUUUGGAAAAAUUUGACACCAUCUUUAAGCACAUGGAGCCCUGGUUACAGUCAGCAAAAAACCAUGAGAGGAAACGGGCCACGGACACCAUGGCCCAAGUUCUCAAGUGCUUAUCGAGACAUCUCAGCCUGAAGCUUCCCCUGCAAUUCCAAAGACUUGGACAUCUAGUGGCUCUGAUGGCACUGCUGUGUGGGGACCCAGUGAAAGAGGUGGCUGAGGAGGCUGCUGAGGGCACACACUACCUGCUACAUAUCACCCUGAGGCUGAAGUAUAUCACUCAUGACAAGGAAAAUCACCAGAGCUUGAAAAGAGCGCUGAAAAAGUGUCGAGAACUCCUAGACCGUUACAGCAUUAAAAGGUUCUACCGCUAUCCCUCCAAAAUUGCCCAGGUCUUUGAAGUUUUUCUCAGUUCCACUGAGCUCUGCCAGUUUGUAAUGACCACCUUGGACAGCCUGAAAAAUCUGCCUUAUCCUCACAGCCAGCAGACAGCUGGGGAGUUGCUGAUAACAUUGGUGAAAAAUGCAGAAUCUCGAUUUGAGAAGGUGCCAGAAAUUAUAGGAGUUAUCUGUGCCCGGCUAUCCAUAAUCAGCCAGCCUAAAGUCCGCCAACAAGUCAUAAAUACUGUGAGUUUGUUUAUCUCCAGGCCUAAGUACACAGAUAUAGUACUCAGCCAUCUUCUUUGCCAUCCAGUGCCAUAUGAAAGGCACUUGGCUGAGUUGUGGAGAACCCUGGAAGUCGAGCUGCCCAGCACAACCUGGAUCCUGUGGAGGCUCCUGAGGAAGCUGCAGAAAUGCCAUAAUGUGCUUACCCAGGAGAAGAUGGCCUAUGUGGCUGUCUCUGUGACAAAUGCCCUCUAUGAGGUGUUUGUGGGAAACAAGCUGCGAGCAGCUACCUUCCGACUCUUCCCUCAGCUUCUCAUGACCCUGCUCAUCCAGAUCCACCAUAGCAUUGGCCUCACCAUGUCUGAUAUCUCCAUCCCUAAAGGCCUGUAUGCAGAACAGGAAAUGUCAACAGACAUCAUACCUUUGAGCUUUGCCAUGCAGGCUACAAAGACCCUUCUCCUCAGAACAAUGUGCUGGCAGGAAUUCAACAUUAUGGAAAAAAAUAAUGGAUGGACGCUUUUGAAAGGAGACUGCCAUCUUCAGGGAGUAUUUCUCCUUGCCAAUGCCUUGCUGGAAAGAAAUCACCUUCUAGCACAUAGGAUCUUGUACUUGUUAGUCCCGCUUCUUAACCGAGGGAAUAAGAAACAUAAACUAACAGCUGCAGCCUUCUUUGUGGAGCUCCUCCAGAGUCCAGUGGCUAGAAGACUGCCAAGCAUGUACUCUACUGCCCGCUUGAAAGACUGGUUGUGUCAUGGAAACAAUGCCUUUAGAAUUCUUGCCUUAAGAGGACUGUUCAACCUUCUCAGGCACAAAGAAAUGGGGGAAAACAUCAAGAACCUGCUGCCCUGUCUCUUAGAUAGCCUAUGUGAAGCCGAUGAGAGGAUUGUUUUGUUGACCAUCCAGAUACUCCUGCAGCUUGUCCAGAAAAUGGAUUUCACUACCCUGGAUGCCAUGAUGAGGACCCUGUUUUCCUUAUUUGGUGAUCUGAGACCGGAUGUUCAUCGUUUCUCCAUGACCCUCUUUGGAGCCUCUAUAAAGUCUGUGAAACACACAUAUAAGAAGAAUGCAGAGAAACAAGUCCUGGAAAGCCUGGUCCCACUACUGCUGUAUUCUCAGGAUGAAAAUGAUGCCAUAGCUCAGGAGAGCAGGCAAGUCUUAACUAUAUGUGCCCAGUUCCUGAAGUGGAAGCUUCCCCAAGAAGUGUACUGUGAAGACCCCUUGUACAUAAAGCCUGAUGAAGUUGAGACAAUCUGCAACUUCUUUGGAAAAAAAUGCCAAGGGAAAAUUAACAUCCUAGCCCAAACAUUGAUGUACUCCAAGAAUGCAAAACUUCCUAUCAGAAGAGCAGCAGUCUUAUUUGUAGGGCUUUUAUCAAAGUUCAUGGAUCGCAGUGAGCUCAGGAUUAGGGGUACUGAAUGGAUAGAGAAUGUUCUGAAAGACCUGCUGCAAGACCCUGAGCCCUCUCUGCGCCUCAUUGCCUCCCAGGCUCUGUUCCGAGUCCAGAGGGUAGGAGAACUGGAGCCUGAGCAGACAGUUUGCUGGUUGAGGAAACUUCUGGGCUGUCUCCCUACCUAGAAAUGCAAAACAAGCAACAUCAGACGGAGAAGCUGAAGAACCAAACAUAGAAAUAACUUGAUCAGGGUCACACAACUAGUAAAUCGCAAAGCCAGGAUUCAGACCCAAAUAUUUUGGCAACAAAGACCAUUUUCUUGAUUGGUUGGCUUGCUGUGUUAUUCUCCAGCCUCUUUCCCUCAAAAGGGAAUAAGUUCAGAUCUACCACAGUUGAUCUCAGUUGCUGAGUUCAUACUCCAAACAAAUUUCUGCUGUAAAGUGAGCCUUAAAUAUUUAUCAACAGCAAGGGUUGAACACUUUUGGCAGUAAAAGGGAUUGAACUCAGGACCUCACACUUGCUAGGCAGGUGCUCUUCCAGUUAAGCCAUGUUCC